AUUCUAAAGUGUUACCCACUAAAUAUCUCUUUUUCUAUAAUAAAUAUGAGUGCAAUGAGCAAAAUAGAGUUAAGAACUUAAUAUGUCCCAAAGGGCAUUUGAAGGUAUGAUAAAAGGCAGCACUGUUUUGCCUCAGAGGAUCCAACCUCACAUGCAUACUGGAAUGGCAAGGAGGACUGUGUUACUGCAGCUAUUACUGCUCAUUGUACAUGGCAGCUUUGUGCCAGUUUCAGCGCAAGUCUGCAGUCUGCUUGGUCAGCCUGCCCAACCUCUACUUUCUGCAGAAAGAGACAUCAACAUUGGAGCGAUUUUCUCAAUCCACAGAAAUGCCCUGCUAAAGAUGCAUAAUUACAUUUCUAAACCAGAGCCAAUAACAUGUCUCAGCUUAAGCCUUCGGGAAUUUAAAUUUGCUCAGACACUAAUUUUUGCCAUUGAGGAGAUUAAUAACAGCACACAGUUGUUACCUGGUAUUUAUUUGGGCUAUAAGAUAUAUGACUCAUGUCGCUCUAUCGCUCAAACAAUCAUCUCAGGCAUCGCUUUGAUGAAUGGUUAUGAAGCCACUUUGACUGAUAUGUCCUGUUCUAGACCACCAGCUGUUCAUGCCAUUGUUGGAGAGUCAACAUCCUCACCCACCAUUGGCUUGGCUUCUGUAGUUGGUCCAUUCAGCUUACCUGUUAUCAGUCAUUUUGCCACAUGUGCAUGCCUGAGUAACAGAAAAAGGUAUCCAUCCUUUUUCAGAACAAUAUCCAGUGAUUAUUACCAAAGCAGAGCGCUGGCUCAGCUUGUCAAGCACUUUGGCUGGACCUGGGUUGGCACAGUAAGGAGUCGCAAUGACUAUGGUAAUAAUGGAAUUUUAGCAUUUGAGGAGGCUGCAAAAGAAGAGGGGGUUUGUAUUGAAUACUCAGAGGCCAUAUUAAGCAAUGAUCCACAAGAACAGUUUCUGAAGACACUAGAGGUGAUAAAAAAGGGCACCACCAGGGUUGUGGUUGCUUUUAUAGCAUUAGGUGAUUUUUUCCCCCUCCUGAAAGUAAUUUCACAGCACAACAUCACAGGGCUGCAGUGGGUUGGCAGUGAAUCCUGGAUCACUUCUCGAACUCUUGCAGAAACAAAGGAAUACAGUUUUCUUUCUGGAGCUGUGGGUUUUGCUAUAGCAAAUGCCAAAAUUAUGGGCUUGCGUGAGUUCCUAGUCAAUGUGCACCCUGAACAAGAUAAAAAAAAUGAACUUUUCAAAGAAUUCUGGGAAACAGCCUUUCAGUGCUCUUUCAAAAACAAUGGCAGUGGUGGCUGUACUGGCUCAGAGAGACUUGCUGAAAUGCAAAAUGAAUAUACUGACGUAUCAGAGCUACGAAUAGUAAAUAAGGUAUAUACUGCAGUGUAUGCUGUUGCAUAUACAUUACAUAAUGUAUUAAAAUACAUCACAUCCUCAGCCAACAGCAGCAAAGGAGUAUGGCCUACACCACAAAUGGUGUUGAAGUGUAUGAGGGAUGUGAGAUUCACUGUUAAAACAGGUGAAGAAAUCUUCUUUGAUGAAAGUGGUGAUCCAGUGGCAAGAUAUGACCUUGUUAACUGGCAGCCUGCUGAAGAUGGAAGUUUGCAGUUUGAACAUGUGGGCCUGUAUGACAGCUCAGUUACUUCAGAACAACGUCUUCAGGUCAAUCUGGAACACAUACUAUGGACAGAGGAAAGUGGACAGCUGCCUGUGUCCGUGUGCAGUAAGAGCUGCCCCUCCGGCACUAGGAAGGCAGUGCAAAAAGGACGACCUGUCUGCUGUUAUGACUGUAUUCCUUGUGCAGAUGGAGAAAUCAGUAAUGGCACAGAUUCUAGUGACUGCUUUCCUUGUGAUUUGGAGUACUGGUCGAAUGAGAGCAAAGACAGAUGUGUAUUAAAAUUGGUUGAAUUCCUGUCAUACUCAGAAAUCAUGGGAAUUGUGCUUUGUAUUUUCUCAUUCAUGGGGGUGUUAUUAACAGCUAUGGUAUCUUUUCUGUUUUAUCUUCAUAAAGAAACAUCUAUUGUCAGAGCCAACAACUCAGAGCUGAGCUUCCUGUUGCUCUUCUCGCUCUCACUGUGUUUUCUCUGUUCACUUACUUUCAUUGGUCGGCCCACUGAGUGGUCCUGUAUGUUGCGUCACACCACGUUUGGGAUCACUUUUGUUCUCUGUAUCUCCUGUGUUCUCGGGAAAACAAUAGUUGUUUUAAUGGCCUUCAAAGCUACACUUCCAGGAAGUAAUGUCAUGAAAUGGUUUGGGCCUCUUCAGCAAAGACUCAGUGUUGUUUCCUUAACAAUAAUACAAGUGAUUAUCUGUGUGCUUUGGUUGGCAAUAUCCCCCCCUUUCCCAUAUAUGAAUUUGAGCUAUUAUAGAGAAAAGAUCAUCCUUGAAUGUAACUUAGGGUCAGCUCUUGGUUUCUGGGCUGUUUUGGGUUAUACUGGUCUGCUAUCCACCUUAUGUUUUCUUUUAGCUUUUCUUGCUCGGAAGCUCCCUGAUAACUUCAAUGAAGCCAAGUUCAUCACAUUUAGUAUGCUCAUAUUCUGUGCUGUUUGGCUCACAUUUAUCCCAGCUUAUGUCAGUUCUCCUGGUAAAUUUACUGUUGCUGUGCAGAUAUUUGCAAUUUUAGCUUCAAGUUUUGGUUUACUAUUAUGCAUAUUUGCUCCAAAAUGUUACAUAAUUUUGUUAAAACCAGAGCUAAACACAAAGAAACAAAUUAUGAGGAAAUAG